CCCUAUGUGUGAGGAAGACGUCGAACAAGUCGACUUGAUAUAAACAAGUCUGCAAAUGUCACGGGGAAAAGUGUGUUUAGUUGAGGAUUAACUGGAUAUUAGCGGCGGAAAUCCCAACAAUACCGAUUGUGUGUCUGACUCGGAGAUUUACCUUGGACGAUGGAGGGGCAGAAUGGGAGUUUCAUUUCUCGGGUUCCAGUCGAUGGACCGCCGCCUCAAGGCAUGGCAGUACCCCCACCCAUAGGAUUUGAAAUGCAAAACAUGGACCCACCCCCGCCGGGACUUGACCCAGGGAGAGUAAGUCCGGUGCCACCGCCACCGCCACCCCAAGCAGAGUAUAACAACGGAGUGGUGGUAGACAUGGAGCAGCCUGCACCAAUCGGAUUUGAGGGAGCAGGGGAAGGUCAUGAAAAUGCUGGAUUUGAAACAGAUAAAGAUUUUGAAAUUCCUCCACCUCAUGUUGAGGCAGUAGACCAUUUACCAGACCCCCAGCCAAUCAGUCAACCCAUUGGCUUUGAAGAUCAAGGUCUCCCACCACCCCCUGAAGGUCAUGACCUUGCCCUUGCAUCUGCAGGUGCAGGGUAUGUAGCCGCACCAGAUCUUGUUCAUAUACCAGAAUCGGUAGAAAAUGGACAGAAACCAACUGCCACCAAACACGAGUUGCAGGAUCCCGAGGAGAGUCGUGAAGACCUGGUCCUCUUGUCCCGUGAGGACAAUGACCAGCCACAUCUGAAGACUGACCCAGAAUCACUGUACUUCAAUGAUGGGCGAAGAAGGAUUGACUUUGUUCUUGCUUAUAAGACAAACACUGGUUCUAACGAGGACAAGCGCAAAAAAAGAAGGGAGGUGUUUGAAGAAAACCUCAGAAAUGAUGGUUUAGAACUGGAAAUUGAAGAAAAGAAGGCGAAAAUUCAAUCUAAAGAAGAUGGGCUUCUCAAGGAGGAUAACCUGUAUUUUGUCAAAGUCCAUGCACCUUGGGAGGUUUUGACGAGAUAUGCUGAGAUCAUGAGUAUGAAGAUGCCAUUGCAGGACCAGGGGGACUACGAUGACACCGAAAAUGACAUGUUAGACACAAUUACAACUUGCUGGUCAAAAUGUCCGACACCAUUUGACAUUGACCCUGAUCUGCUGCCUGAAGUGCCCGAUUAUUUCACUGCUGCCUUCUCCAGAGAAAGAGUCGAUCAAGGGAUGUUCAUCAUCAAAGACAAGGACACCUUUUUCAACACAGCACAACGCAGUCUGAUCGUGUACCAGAUACUGUUAAGAUGUGUGUAUGAAGACUUGGGAGACAAGAGGAAGAACAAGUUUGGAAUCAAGAAGAUGCUGAGCACAAAUUCCUAUGUAGCAGCUUACCCUUUGCAUGAGGGCAACUAUGAGAGUGAACACUCACUACUGACAAGAGGCAAGGCUAAUGACAGACACCUUCUGUAUGAGGUCUGGGCCAAGCCGUGGAUGUGGUACAAGUUCCAGCCCCUGGAUUACAUCAGGCGCUACUUUGGUGAGAAGAUCGGCAUCUACUUCAGUUGGCUGGGCUACUACACCAGCAUGUUGAUACCGUCGGCCAUUGUUGGCCUUAUUGCUUUCUUCUUUGGCCUUGGAACUCUCUGGGAUGAUGUGUCCAGUCAGGAGAUUUGUCAAGUGAGUGAGGCUGGCAACGUCACCAUGUGUCCUCUGUGUGACAAGAGAUGCUCUUUCUGGAAACUCAAGCGAAGUUGUCUGUACUCACAAGUCACGUAUCUGUUCGACAACCCUGCCACGGUGGCGUUCGCUGUGUUUAUGGCUCUGUGGGCUACAUUCUUUGCUGAAAUGUGGAAACGACGUCAAGCUGAGAUUGAAUAUGAUUGGGAUGUUGCUGAUUUUGAAGAGGAGGAAACAUUGCGACCAGAGUUUGAGGCGUCGGUGACAAGAACGAAAAAGAACCCCAUCAAUCAUGUUUAUAGGAACAAAGUCAGCAAGGUCGAGGAGCCGUACCUGUCCUUGGGCAGCCGGUUGUGUCGUUACUUGUCUUCUCUCUGGGUCGUCCUUUUCAUGUUGUGUGUGGUAGUGGCGGCAGUGUUUGGUGUCAUCGUCUACCGUAUCACGGUGUCUGCGCUCUUGUAUGGGGCAAACCAGGAGGAGAUCAGUCAGCGAGCUUCUACCAUCACAUCAGCAACAGCAGCUUGCAUCAACCUCGUCAUCAUCAUCGUGCUGGGCAGGGUCUACUUGAUCAUUGCUGAGGUGUUAACAAAUUUUGAAACCCACCGCACACAGACAGAGUGGGAAGACAGCUUCACCCUCAAGAUGUUCCUGUUCCAGUUCGUCAACCACUACGCCUCGCUCUUCUACAUUGCCUUCUUCAAGGGAAAAUUAACUGGUCGACCAGGCAACUACAACAGGGCGAUCCUCGGCAGCAGGCAAGAAGAGUGUGACCCUGCAGGCUGUCUGAUAGAGUUGUGCAUCCAGCUGGGAGUCAUCAUGAUCGGCAAACAGACCUUCAACAACUUCAAGGAGGUUGUUCUGCCGAAGGUGAUGAACUGGUUCAAGUCACGUAAGGUGUCUGAUGAGGAGAAGGAGACUCUGCCCCGCUGGGAGGAAGAUUAUAACCUUUCUACCAUGCCUGACCUGGGACUGUUCGAUGAAUAUUUGGAGAUGGUUAUUCAGUAUGGAUUUGUGACUAUUUUUGUGGCAGCAUUCCCACUGGCGCCAUUAUUUGCGCUCCUUAACAACAUCAUCGAAGUGAGACUGGAUGCUUACAAGUUUGUGACACAAUGGAGGCGACCUCUUGCAGCAAGAGCUCAGGAUAUUGGAAUCUGGUUUGGAAUCUUGAGAGGCAUCUCCACUGUGGCUGUUGCUUCAAAUGCUUGUAUCAUCGCGUUUACAUCCGAGUUUGUACCCAAACUGGUGUAUCGGUUUGCCUAUGACAAUAACGGCUCCCUGGAAGAUUACAUUAAGUUCAGCUUGUCGGAGUUCAGAGUGAAAGAUUAUGAGAAUUCAAGCUUACCUGCUGACCUCAAAGUUGAUGAAUUUGGGGAAGUUACAACAUGCAGCUACAGAGAUUACAGGGAUGAAACGAAAAACUACGCCUACAGUACAGUGUUCUGGCAUAUCCUUACAGCCAAGCUAGCCUUCAUCAUUGCGUUCAUUUUGGUUGUGGUGUUCCUGUCUUGGUUGGUGUCCUACCUUGUCCCAGACAUCCCCCGCACAGUCAAGCUUCAGAUGCUUCGAGAGAAACAUUUGGCAAAGGAAGCUGUUCUACAUGCGGAAGCCCUGAGGAGAGAGAACAAUGUCAGGCGUCGAAAAGUGGAUACAGAGGGUCCAUUGUACUAGCACCAGGAUGGCCUGUGUUUCUAGGGGAGAAAACUCUCAGUUACUUCCUGUCCUGUGUUGGUAGGGGAGACAACUCUGUUACAUCAUGCCCUCUGUUGCUAGGGGUGAUAAAUCCAUGUAACUUCUUGUAGGCUGUUGGUAGGGGAGAUAACUCUGUUACUACUAUUGAACACCGGAGAUAACCUUGAAACAUAUUUAAAGCGAGGAAGGUAGGUAAAUCUGUUGAAUUGGGAGGAACCUAGGCUUUGAUUAUGAAAGUGUUAAUUAUAUAAUAGCCUACUCUGUGGAUAAGGACCAGAGUUGGACAUAGUGGUGUAAUUUUGAUUGUUUUGUUGAACAAUAGUGACAUCUAACUCACAAUACAUAGCGCAGUUUAAUUAGUCUUGGAGAUGGCCAGUUGAUUAUAGACACAUUAGCCAAAGAAUGCUUUUGUUCUAAACUAUUGUUUAUAACUGUGUUUUAUAAUUAGUGACUCGGUGAUUGAUAUAUGUGUCAGUAAUGGACCACUUUUGUCUGGGAAAGAAAAUAAGGAUAAUAUUUUUAUAAAAUUAUAUAUUUUCUUAAAGGUUUCCUUACUUUCCUUUUGAGUGAAAGUAAGUUUGAUUUAUUUCACUCAAGAAAACAGAUUCUUUUUAUGAAAUAUAUACAUUCAGAGUGUGAUCCCCAACUACCAUAGACUAAAGAAGUCAAUUUUACCAAGAAACAUCACAAGACAGCAAACUGAGUACUUUGUUUUUUUAUGAAAUGAUUUUUUGACAGAUAAACAUAUUACAGAGUAAAUUAAGCACUUUUUUUUCUCUUUAUGCAGAUUUACCAGUAAACUAUUAAUGCUGUAGUGUUGCAAAUUGUGAAUACUAAAAGAAGGAUGCUACUGUUACUCAGGCUCUUUGAGUUUGUGUACAUGUCAACUGUACAUGUAGAUGAUAUUGUAUUCAUAGUUUUAAAGAAUUAAAUGAUUUAUACUGUAUAAGAAACCACCGAACAGUGAUAUAUUUAUAUGUAAACCAAAAAAGUGUUGCCAAAAUUUUCCCUUUCAUGUUUUUUAACUUUCACAAAAUAAUGAAAAUAAAAGAUGUUGUGGGUUAUGCAUUUGUAUAUUCCUGAACUUACAAAUUCCCAAUUUUUGUAAUGUGUGUAAAGGGAUGUGCAAGUAUAUUAUGGAGAAUUUUUUAUCCUUAGAUGUCCUGUAAACAAAUUGUAUCAUUGUUAUUAGCAUGAAUUGUACAUAUAAAAAAGAAUUCUUCCUCUGAGUCUUUUUAGUGGUUAAUCUAAAACCCUUGAAAAUACCAUUGAAAUCAGAUUCCCAAACAGUUAAUAUACAUACAUUCAACUUCAACCUUGCUGUUAGUGUGGUCUUACCAUAAUAUGAUGUUUUAAUAUCCCACUGUCACAGGCCCUAUAUUUGGCUUAUAAAUAGUGUAUAGUGUUUUGUAUAUGUAAGUCUUUAUGCAUACUCUUUCAUAAUGCCUAACCUCAAAUCUACUAACAGGAUUAAUUUUAUGCUAUUUUGGCAUAUUAAGUGUUUUCUUCUUAUUCACUACAAUUAUAAUCGAUACUAACCGAUUUAAAUUGCUCAAGAUUGUUUCAGCAUCAUGUGAUGUGAAGUACAAAGAUGAGGAGUUAAAUACUGGAGUGAUUAUUUUCUCCAGCUCAAUUGUAAAUAAAGAUUAUUUUACUGUGGCAGCAUGGAUACUUUCUACAUAUUUGUAGAGAACAUUAACAUUUUGGAAAGAAUGUUUGAACAUAUUUCCGUUUCAGCUAUGUACUGAUGUUGUUACCAGUUUUCUAUAAGACUUGUUACACCUGCAGCCUUAGACACAUACAGUAUCACAAGCAUUGGAUCAGUAUUGAUAAAAUUCAUAUUUUGGGUAAUAUUGUGAACCAGAAGUAUAUAUUUUUUUGUGUAAAUAAUUUUCAGUAUUUCAUCCUUUCUUCCACCAGGUAAGAAACAAAUAGGUUUUCAUUGGAUUAUUGUGUCCAGGAAUAAUCUAUCGGUAUUGUAAUUGAUGAUUUUUUCAUAAGUGAACCAAAUUUCAACAGGAAUUAUGUGAAAAUUUCAAGCAUGAAUUGCCUCCUUAAACCAUUGAAAGGUUAUAUUUCAAAGCAGCUAAUUUAUUAUAAUGAUUUCAGUAUUGUGUUAAUCAAACUCUCUCUUUUUCUUAUCUCAUUUUUGUGAAGAAAAAGUCAAGCUUUCAGCCCUGACUCCAGCAUGUGUUAAACUGAGUUAAUUCUUUAUCAGAUCUUUGCAUACUUGGAACAAAAUAGCACCAUUGUAAAAAGGCUUACUUGUAAAAUUUGUAUGUUCUUGUAUUUUUGUGUUGAAGGAUCUGUACAGGAUGUAGCAUACAAUCAAAAUAGUGAUAACCAAUUAGGUACAGGUCUUGCCACAAUGCAAAAGGGCACACUUGUCCAAUCUGGCAUCUGGAAAAAAGGAUCUUGAAGACCGGAAUCAUAUUUCUUCUUUUCUGAAAUGCAAUGUACAUUCACUGCACCAAAUGCUUCAGAUGAAGAUGUAUUGUUUUCUGGCAACAACUGAUGGACAAAAAGUAUAAUUUCAUUGUAGUCUUCCAAGCUUUAGGGAUGGUCUCAUUUUGACAAACAUUGUGAGAUAUUGAAAUUGAACUUCAGAGAUCAGCAAUACUUACAAACGCACAAGUAAGUUUGGGAAUAAACUUGACUUUCUUUCUUUUGUAAAACAUUGUUGUGAUCCUUAAUGUUAUUCAGACAAUGGUAUGGUAACAAUUUGAUGAUAAUUAUAAUCAUGUAGACAAUGGUAAAGUAGACACAUUUUGAUCAUUGAUGUCAUGUGGACAUGGUAUGAUUUGUUGAUCAAUAAUGAUAUGCAGACAUUAUACAUGUUGCAUGUGUUAUCAAAAUAAAGGUUUUAUCUGUUUCAUACAAAACCUAUUUACCGGUAAUAAUAUUGAAUUCAGAUAGACUGUUGUUCAUUCUUCUUGGCAAUUUCUUUCAGUGGCAUUUAGAAGUUGGUGUGUUGAAGUAAAACGAGUUCUAUGUAUGAACAACUUCUUUAUUACAAUUAGUGCGACGUUUCGGUGUAGAUCCUAACACCUUUAUCAAGCAACCAACUUCUAAAUGCCACUGAAAGAAGAUAUACGUCGUCUUCAUGGAGACGUGGCAAUCUCAUCUAUCAACAUCACUUGCUUGAUAAAGGUAUUAGGAUCUACACCGAAACGUCGCACUAAUUGUAAUAAAGAAGUUGUUCAUCCAUAGAACUUGUUUUACUUCUUGGGAAUUGUCACAAAAUAUGUCAUGUAUAUGGAGUAGAAAUCAAUCUCAAGGUAGAGACGAUUUUAUGAUUAAUGACUUUGCUAAAUUGAUAUAUGAAAUGAAUUGAGAACAUUUGGAAAAUGUUUACUAUAAAUAUUGGAAAAUGAGAAGUAAAACUUUCUAAGUACAAGUUAAUAACCAAACUAACUUACAUUCUUUGAGUGUUUACUUUUGAUGAACAUGCUGAUCUACAUAUCACACUUAUCAGAAAAUAACAGAAUAUCCAAAUAUCAUGCUAUGUAAUUAUGCAUAAAUUACUAAAGUGUUCAGUGUAAAAAGAAUAUUUACUUCAAAUGAAAACGGUGAUAAAUAAUGAUUGUUGUCCAUGAACAUGUGUUAUUGAUUUGAAUGUAAUUGUUGGAUUUGUUCAAUGUUUAGUUGUUAGAAUAAUAUUAAGACAUUUACACUAUCAGUUGGUAGGACAAUGAUUCAAGCUCACUAGGUAAAUAAUGUUUCUCUUGGUACAUACUUCUCUGCAAUUUUGAGAUAUAUGUACACAGAUUUACAAUGAGUUUCACAAUCCUUGUACUUUGUAAACAGUAAUUUUCGGGACUCAAGAAAGAGCCUACUUAAUAGCCACAUAUUUAAUUUUGUUGAAUUUGAUUACUUGCUCAAAUUUAAAUUGGGUAAAUGUCUACUUUGCUGAACUGUUUAUCAUAUUUCCUUGAUUUGAUGGAAGUCUUUGUAGUUGUGAUGUUUAUUUCUCGUGCAAUGGUUUCAGUCUGAUUUAUUUUGUAGAUUAUUUAAUGUAACCCUUUUACUUUUUCUUUGUUUUCUAUUCAUAUUUUUCUGUUUAUUAUUUCAGUUGAUUUUUGUAUUUUCAUAAACCAGAAUAACUCAUACUGUCUUUUCUUGUAUUUAUUUAUAUCUUGAUACAGGCAUGAGUGUAUUAUUGCAAUGUAAGGAGAAUUUCAGUUUGAUCUUUAACCUCAUCCUUUUACUAUGAUAUUUGGCAACAUCAGAUUAUGCUGAAUGUAAAGUGCUUCUUAGUGCUAGUGACAUCUUUCUGGCUGGAAUAUGUGUCCAAUGAUAAGGCUCUAUUCAAUUAUUGACUUAAAUGUUUUCAUUUAGAUAUUUGGACAAUUUUAUGUCCUGAAGUGUACAUAAACUGGUAUUGCUGGUAUAUGUCCUUUAACAUUCAAUGUAAUGUCUUUAAAAUGUUUAUGGAAUUUGAUUUGUGAACUUUCAGCUGUGAGAUAGCUAGAAAAUGUUGUGUUUCUGAAAAUAACAGUAGGAAAAUCAUUACUUCAGGGAAAAACAACUGUUUUAUUUUGUUAAGAUCACCUUUUUUAACUGAUUGUCGAACAAUGAUUAUAUGUGAAUUUAUUUUUGUAAAACAAACUCACAGAAAAUGAUUUUUCACAUUUUGAUUUGAUAUUUUUGGAUACCCAGAAAAGUGCCUGAAUUUGAACCAAUCCAGGUAUUUCAAGAACUUUGUUCAUUUGCAGAAGUCAGUUUUUCAAUGAUGUUGUAUAUGAAUAUGUACAAAUAUGCUGCUGGGAACCCAUUUCAUUCUGUAAAUUUGAAUAAUUAGCUAUGCUGCACGUGAUAAAACUUGCUGUUGAUGCCUGAAGGAUCAAAUAGGAGAUAAGUAAAUAACACAGAAUUAUUGGUUACUCUUAUACAUUAAACAGCGUCUUUUAUGUCAUGCAUUUGAGCAUUUUUAGUGAACAUUUCAAAUGUUAUUUUGCAAUGACAAUAAGGCCACAACAAAUUUAUUACUGGUUUGUCCAAUGUUUUAUUUAGCUUUUCGUUCAUCUUGCCCUUACAUAUAUGGCACAGUGUCAAGGCUGGCUACAAGAAAGGAAUCUUGUUAGCUUUCUGUGAAUCAAGACGUUUCAGACAACCUUGAAUAAAUGUAGGUAGGUCAAGGUACAAUCUACUCAGCUUCAGGCCAUACUGUUUUUUAUUCGGUUUACAGAUUUUGAUAGUGAAAUAUUUGGUCAGUAGGUCAAAAUAAUAUUAGAAAUAAAACACUUUUUACAGAAUUGAUUUAAUCAUCUGAAAGUUUGAUUUGGAUUGGCAGGUGAUAAUUUAAAAAAGAAAAGAAUUGGCCUGAUUUUUAUCCCAUAAAUAUUUUAAAUCUAAAAACCUACAGUGGCAUUUCUUAGUCGUUUAUAUUGUAAAUGCGAUCUUUACCUUUGACAGUCUAAAAAUAUUGUCAUUCUGAAUUGAUUUCUUCUGAUUUUAUUUUUUGUAAGGGUAGUCGGAUCCAUCAGGCAAACUAAUUUUUUGUCAGAAAGUCAAAGAACAGGGGGACAACUCCAUGUUGUUGUACUAUAUAUUUUCAUUUUUAUGUCUGAUAUUGAAUGAUAAGGUAACCCAAAACAUAACUGCUAUAAUCUACAUUUGUAUGUUCUGAACCCACCUUUGCUUGUGAGGCUACCUUGGCUGAUAUAUGCAUUAGGCAUGCAUGUUAGUAUCUUGUCAUGUUCAUCAAGCUAUGUGUAUCUAUGACAUGCUUGUGAUACAUGUUCAUUUCACAUCAAUAAAUAUGAUAACCCGA